CCGUCGUCUUGCUUCACGCUGUCACCGACCGACAAGGCGACAAAGGCCCAUAAACACUGACCCUCACAGAGUCAUGUAUAGGGAGAGAGUGCAGAGAGAAGUAAUGUAGAGAGAGAGAAUUUCUCAUCUCUGGCUUCCGCAACCCAUUGUGUAUGGUCUAGGGUUUUCUAGGCUCAGUUCGCCCAGCAAUGGCGGAGAUAGGGAAGACGAAACUCGAUUCCGGAUGGUUAGCAGCGAGAUCCACCGAGGUCGACCUCACCGGCGUUCAGCUCACCACCACUCAACCUCCCUCCGGCCCGAAUUCGCCUUGGAUGGAGGCUGUUGUCCCCGGAACCGUUUUGGCAACUCUUGUAAAAAACAAACUCGUGCCAGAUCCUUUCUACGGGUUGGAAAAUGAGUCGAUCAUAGAUAUUGCUGAUUCAGGAAGAGAGUACUACACAUUUUGGUUUUUCACAACUUUUCGGUGUAAGCUGUCAGGUAAUCAGCACGUGGAUCUAAAUUUCCGGGCAAUUAAUUACUCUGCGGAGGUCUAUUUGAAUGGGCACAAAAAGAUCCUGCCAAAGGGGAUGUUUCGGAGACAUUCUCUUGACAUCACAGACAUUCUGAAUCCUGAUGGUGAGAAUUUGCUUGCUGUUCUCAUUCACCCUCCUGAUCAUCCUGGGACGAUUCCUCCUGAAGGGGGUCAAGGUGGUGAUCAUGAGAUUGGUAAAGAUGUUGCUGCUCAAUAUGUUGAGGGUUGGGAUUGGAUGGCUCCUAUAAGGGAUAGGAACACUGGCAUCUGGGAUGAGGUAUCCAUUUCUGUUACCGGGCCUGUGAAAGUAGUGGAUCCCCACUUGGUUUCAACAUUCUUUGACAAUUACAGAAGGGUAUAUCUGCAUGCCACCACUGAAUUGGUAAAUAGAAGUGCAUGGGUUGCUGAGUGUACUUUGAACAUCCAAGUGACAAUUGAACUUGAGGGAAGCUUUUGCUUAGUAGAGCAUUUUCAGAAAGAACAUUUGUCAAUCCCUCCUGGAGCACAUGUUCAAUAUACGUUUCCUGAGCUUUUUUUCUACAAGCCCAAUUUAUGGUGGCCAAAUGGCAUGGGAAAGCAAUCCCUGUAUAAUGUUGGAAUGAGUGUUGAUGUCAAGGGAUAUGGAGAGUCUGAUUUAUGGAGCCAACUUUUUGGAUUCCGCAAAAUUGAGAGCCAUAUUGAUAGUGCAACAGGUGGAAGGUUGUUUAAAGUUAACGGGCAGCCAGUUUUCAUCCGAGGGGGUAAUUGGAUACUGUCAGAUGGAUUACUACGCCUUUCAAAGAAACGUUAUAAAACAGACAUCAAGUUUCAUGCAGAUAUGAACUUUAACAUGAUUCGCUGCUGGGGUGGUGGACUGGCUGAGAGGCCAGAGUUUUAUCAUUACUGUGACAUGUAUGGUCUGCUGGUGUGGCAAGAGUUUUGGAUAACUGGAGAUUGUGAUGGGCGAGGUAUCCCAGUAUCAAACCCAGAUGGUCCCUUGGACCAUGAACUUUUCUUGCUAUGUGCAAGGGACACCAUCAAGCUUCUGAGGAAUCAUCCUAGUCUUGCUCUUUGGGUUGGGGGGAAUGAACAAGUUCCGCCAGAGGACAUCAACACAACUUUGAAAAAUGACCUGAAACUCCAUCCACACUUUGAAGGCUUAAAUGAAAGUGGCAAGUCACAAGAAGACAUUACCAAAACUUUAAUAGAUCCUAGCCAAUUUCUUGAUGGCACGCGCAUUUACAUUCAAGGAUCUAUGUGGGAUGGCUUUGCAAAUGGUAAGGGGGACUUCACUGAUGGCCCUUAUGAAAUUCAGAAUCCUGAAAACUUCUUUAAGGAUGACUACUACAAGUAUGGAUUCAAUCCUGAGGUCGGCUCUGUGGGAAUGCCUGUUGCAGCUACUAUCAGAGCAACAAUGCCUCCAGAAGGGUGGCAGAUUCCAUUGUUCAAAAAGUUAUCCAAUGGCUACGUAGAAGAAGUUCCAAACCCCAUAUGGGAAUACCAUAAAUACAUACCUUAUUCAAAACCAGGCAUUGUUCAUGAUCAGAUUUUACUUUAUGGGACACCAAUCGAUCUUGAUGAUUUUUGUCUCAAGGCUCAACUUGUUAACUAUAUUCAGUAUAGAGCACUCUUAGAGGGUUGGACUUCCCAUAUGUGGAGCAAAUACACUGGUGUCUUGAUUUGGAAAACUCAGAAUCCUUGGACGGGUCUUAGAGGUCAGUUUUAUGACCAUCUCCACGACCAAACAGCCGGGUUCUAUGGCUGUCGUCAUGCUGCAGAACCAAUCCAUGUCCAGCUGAAUCUAGCAACGUAUUUUGUAGAGGUGGUUAACACUACAUCCGAGGAACUAUCUAACGUAGCCGUGGAAGUUUCAGUGUGGGAUCUGGAAGGAACAUGUCCAUACUACAAAGUUUCCGAAAAGCUAUCAGUGGCAUCUAAAAGAACAGUUCCUAUUUUUGAGAUGAAGUAUCCGAAGUCUAAAAAUCCAAAGCCAGUCUACUUUCUUCUUCUCAAACUCUAUACUAUAUCAGACUAUGGUAUUUUAUCUAGGAACUUUUAUUGGUUACAUCUGUCUGGAGGAGAUUACAAACUGUUGGAACCGUACAGAAACAGCAAAAUACCCCUCAAGAUAAAAUCUCAGGCUUUCAUAAAAGGUUCCACUUAUGAAAUCCAAAUGCAUGUACAGAACACAUCAAAGAAACCAUCCUCUACAAUUCCUCUUGACAAGAAUAAUUUCACUGUAAUAAACAGUGAUGAUAAUUUUGAUAUGGCCUCAUUGGAACCUGUGCAUAGUGAGAUCGAGAAGAAACAGGAAGUUGGUUUAGUUCAGAGGAUUUAUAGGCAUUUUUCAAGGGAAGACGGUGGUUUGAAGGUUGCUGAAAUUAAUGGAGCUGAAGUUGGAGUUGCCUUCUUUCUUCAUUUCUCUGUUCAUGCUUCGAAGACGGAUCAUAAGGAAGGGGAAGACACGAGGGUUCUACCUGUUCAUUAUUCUGAUAACUAUUUCUCACUGGUGCCAGGGGAGGUGAUGCCUAUCACUCUCUCUUUUGAGGUCCCUCCGGGUGUCACCCCACGAGUUACUCUUGAGGGCUGGAAUUACCACGGUGGGCAUACUGUUUAUUGAGCAAGGUAAAAUAGUUUUAUAUUUAUUGUCUGUGGUGCUGCAUAAUGAUUUCAACGAAUUUUUACUGCCAAUCUGACAACCGAGGAUAAACUUUAAUUUCUGUUUUUGCUGCUGUUGGAACAUUAUCACUGAAGUGCUCUUGGUGAUACCAGAAACUAAGUGACAUUGUAGUUCAAAGGACUCUCAAUUCAAUACCUUCAAUUGGAUGCUUAUUCGCGCCAAUACAUGCAGUAUGCGUGAUAUAUAUUUAUGAGGAUUAUAAAAUCCCAAUUAUUGAUACCCUUCA